AUGUCCAAGUCUCUCCGCCAAGCCAAGAUCACCCCCCACCGCUCCAGCACCCGGGGUCACUCUGACCAUGGCUGGCUCAACACAUACCACAGCUUCUCCUUCGCUGACUGGUAUGACCCAAGAUUCUCUCACUUUGGCUCUCUCCGCGUCCUGAACGAGGACCGGGUCAAGGCCAACUCGGGUUUCCCCACGCAUCCUCACCGCGACUUUGAGAUCUUCAGCUACAUCCUCGGUGGAGAGCUUACACACCGAGACUCAAUGCUUGCCAAGGGCAAAGAGGGAGGCCAGUCGGACAAGUUUUAUCGUAUGCACCGUGGCGAUGUUCAGUUCACCACUGGAGGAACUGGUAUUGCUCACUCGGAGAUGAACGAGCACAAGUCAGAUACCGUUCACUUCCUCCAGAUCUGGGCCAUCCCCUGGAAGCGUGGCCUGACUCCCCGAUACCACACCCGCCACUUUAGCGAAGAGUCCAAGAGACUCGGCUUCGUCAACAUCCUGAGCCCUCUCAAGGGAGGCGAAGAGGCAACUGUUCAGCAGGAAAAGGACGCCGAGGCUGUUCUCCCCGACACCAUCCCCAUCCACGCUGACUUUGUCAUGUCUGCCGGCAUCAUCGAGCCCAGCAAGACAUUUGAGUGGACAGUUGGAGGAGGGGCCACCCAGGAGGCAAAGAGAAAGGUCUAUGUGCACUUGCCCAUGACCAAGGGAGGAAACGCCAAGAUCCGACUUGACGGCCGGGAGGAUGCCGAGCUUUCGGAGGGCGACGGCGCCUUUAUUGAGGGUGUCAACGCCGGCGACAAGCUGUCGGUAGAGAGCAUUGGAAGCGCCGAUGCAGAGGUCAUCGUCUUGGAUACUGCUUAG